AUCCAGUGGAAGCCGACGUGUAAAUCUGGUACAGCCAGAUGGGUUUACGAUGGUGUAUGCCCUGAUGCGGAUGUCUUCGCCGCUCUCCUGAACCUUCCCGAACCACCCAAGUGGAAACAGAAGAAAUUCGCCAUUGAGGAAUUCGAGAAUGCGCUCGGUGACUCCAUUCGAGCCAGUACCCGCUACAGCAGCCUUUACUUGCGUGGCGACGUCAACGUGAGGUGGAACCCUGCUGCUGGAGAGUUCAAGUUCAGCGGAUCAUAUGGAGUCUAA